CUUUUUGAGUGGGAGGGGCAUCCUCUGAGCCUUCUCUACACCCAGGGGCCCUUUACGUCUAGGGGCGAGGGGGAUGCUCCAUCCCAGUGGAAAGACCCAAUCUUUGGGGAACACAUUUCCUCUGAGUCUUGCUCCCUUCAACUGUGCAAUGCCUACAAGGUCCUGCUUGAUCAGUUGGAAAGAUCCCAAGCUCCAGCUAAUGGUGGGUUUUCUCCCACCACUUUGGCUCUCAGGCAAACUCUGCAAUCACCUGGGGCUGCACUAUGCGGAAAUGAGGUGCUUCCAGCAGGCAGAGCAGCACUUUGAAGCAGCUCUCCGCCUUUGCAGCGGGAAAGGCUUUUCGGUGCGGAAGAAAGCUGUCCUGUUGCAGAACCUGGGGGCUGCCUGCAACGCUCUGGAGUGCUUCGAAAGGGCCCUGCGGUACCACAGCGAAGCAGCUGACAUGUACGGGGCACUGGGAGAGAGGGCUGCUCAUGCUCAAUGCCACUACAAUUUGGCCACUGCUCACGGCCAGCUGAAAAACUACGACAUGGCCGGAUUUUACUCCCAGCAGGCGCUGAAAGCUUUUGUGGAGGCAGGUGACUCCUAUGGUGAGGCGCAGGCCUGUGAACAGCUGGGCAUGACUCACCUCUGCCAGGGCCACUUUGGUCCAGCCAUCCGUUACUACAAACAAGCCCUGGCUCUGUUUGAAAAGUCAAAGGAAGCAUCUGAAAUCCCUCGAAAACGGAUUUGGGAGAAAUUGGCUGCUGUUGCUAACUAUCAAGCGAACGCAGAGGAUGAGUUUGCAGAUUCGGCAAUAACAGAUAGCCUUCUCCACCGUCCAGAAUGUGGGGCUUGUUCUCCAGGUAUCCCAUUGCAAAGAGCAGGAGCUGACAGAGCUGUUUGACAGUGGAAUGGUCCUUCUCAGGACGUUAUGGACUCUCCUUCCUUGGAGGUUUUUAUGCAGAGG